AUUUGAUAUGUAAAUUAUUAUGUAACUAAAAUCCAAUGAAAAUUUCACCUUAAACCAAUAUUUAACGUUAGAUAAUCAAUCAAAAUUUCACAAUCAAAUUGUUACUUAAGUUUUGAAUCAACAACCUAUGAUUACAUCUAUGAAAUAAUCUCAUCAAUUUAAUGAUAAGUAUUGAUCAAAAUGUUUAUCAAUGGACAUUGAUCAUUUUCUGAGUUCUUUCUUGUAUUAUUAUUGUGAGAUUCUGGUUUAUUGUUAAUUUGUAUUAGUGAUUGGAAAUGUUACCUGAUUUUGCCAUUUAUGGUCAAAGUGUUUCCCUAAGUUUAGGUAGUUAUCUUGACCCAACUCCAAUAUUGACCAAUUUACACUUGACCAUCCCAAAGGGUUGUAUUUACGGUCUAAUUGGCCCCUCUGGAUGUGGUAAAACAACAUUACAAAAAUGUAUCAUGGGUGUUUAUAAGCCCGAUCAUGGUGUUAUCUCAGUCUUUGGUUUACCACCGGGCUCACAAGGAUCAACUGUUCCUGGUCCAUCAGUGGGUUACAUGCCUCAGGACAUUGCUUUAGAUAGUGAGUUAACUGUUCGUGAGCAAUUAACUUUCCUUGGAAGAAUCAAUAAUCUACCAAAUGAUUUGAUUAAUUCUCGAAUUGAUGAGAUUACGACUACACUUGAGAUUGGAGAUCUUGAUAAAAGAUCAGGUGAGUUCAGUGGUGGUCAACAACGACGAAUAUCUUUGGCCUGUACAUUGAUCCAUCAGCCGUCACUUUAUCUUUUGGAUGAACCAACGGUUGGAUCGGAUAUCGUAUUGGUUCAUAAGAUUUGGAACUACUUGAAACACUUAAGGGACACGACGGGAGCGACGAUCAUUAUAUCAACUCAUUACAUUGAAGAAGUAAAUUCAGCUGAUCUGUUUGGGUUCAUGUCGAAAGGAACGAUAAUAAUUCAAGAUUCGCCGAGUAAUUUCAGAGAAAUUUCAAAAUCACGAACUCUCGAAGAGGCCAUUCUCAAAGAAUAUACCAGACUCUAUGCUCUGCCAAAACGCGAGCGAAGUAAAUCUCUGUUGGCUCAAAAUUACUCUUUCGAAUCAACAAAGAUUCGACCAAUUGAACAAUUAUCAUUCCAUACAAAGGUUAAUAGAAUUGAUAUAAAUUCUAAUUCUGUCGAAGAAGCUUUUUCUAUGACUAACGAACCACUAGAAAUUCGUUCAGUAACUAUUCUGCUUAUGUGGCGAUAUUUACUUCGAUGGAAAGUUCUAAUGGUCAUUCCUUUCGUCCUUUUCUAUACACUGGCCAUAACUGGUUCUUUAACUUUAUUCAAUGUUUAUGGAUUACCAAUGAAACAAUUAUCUAUUGGUGUAGUUAAUCAUGAUAACCAUUCAGAGUAUUUAAAUAAUAUUACCAAUUUCUUGGCAUCAGACGAAUUUACAUUUCAUUUUAUUCCAGAUGAAAUUAUCGCUCGACAAACAGUCCAAAACGGCUCAACAUCGGCCUACAUCGUGAUCCCCGAUAACUGGGACUAUUAUUUAGAUCAAAGAAUCGUAAAUUUUUUCCCAGCUGAUCCGAACAGAGCUUUGGUUAAACGAAGUCAGAUCACAUUGUUCCAAGACACAACUCAUGUUGGUAAAGUUCUGACGAUCCAAAGUCGAUUUUUCCAAGCGAUCGAUUCUCUUAUGAAAAAUGUGACCAGAACUUUCGGAAUGAACUCAAAAAUUCACCAAUUUUUCGACACUUAUCCAGUGUUCGAAUCAUUAGAUCGAUCGGAAAUUCUGGCUCCAAGAUUCAAUUUCCUAAUUCGCUUGUAUCUCUUUUUCGUGGAAACAUUCACGAUUCUAUUACUAACCGCAUGGUUCCGGCACGAAAUCAAUGAACCAGUCAACGAGAGAUUCAUGGCCCUCGAGCUGAAGCCCUAUCACUUUCUGAUCGCGCUAAUAGUUGUCGCAACUUUUUUCUUGACCAUUUCAUUUAUUUGUAUAUUCUCAUCAUUUAUUUUUAUCCUUCAUCUUCCAAGUCCAACUUCAUGGUUUGCCGUUACUCUAAUCACAAUCUCUGUGAUAAUCUGUGGUAUUUGUAAAUCACGUUUCAUCGGGAUAAAUGUCAAAUCCAUCAUCGGAUGUGUCACACUGAUAAACGCUUAUAAUGCUUUCCUUUGGUUACUUGGAUGUGUCGCUUGGCCUUAUGAAGGAAUAGCCUACUUUAUGCAACCAUUAACGAUUAUGAUUCCACAUCUUGACCCAGGUAAUUCAAUGAUACGAAUGACCAUUUAUGGCGAUUCAAUUUGGACACCACAAGUUUAUCAUGGAAUUGGAGUCGCAACAAUUUGGAUGAUUAUUCAUUUGAUAUUUACAUUCAUAUUAGCACGAAAAUGGUGAUCUUAUUGUAAAUAACAAUUUAAACCUACUUAUUGUUAUUCCCAAUGUUAAUUGUUGAAAAUAAUUUUUAAUCAAUGAAAAAUUUUCCUGCUUGUAUUUCGUAACUUCAAUAUUAUUUAUCACAUUAAAUUAUGACGAUUACUCAAUAUUAAGAGUAGAACGUCAUUAUGAGUAUUUAUAUUCAUAGAAAAUACCGAAAAAAAUUUCGUCGAAAUUGUUUUCGAUUCAAUUUUCCUCAAU